CUCUGCUUUGGGAAGGGGGUGGGGAGCGUUUUGACGCAGCGGGCCCCGCCCCCGCUGCCUGGCUGCACGCGUUGGGCGACGUAACGUGUGAAUCCGCCCUCGGCGGGCGAAAGGCGGGUUUGGGAGAGGCGGGUCUGUUCCUUGGGCCUCGGUCAGAGCGGGGCUGCUGUUUGCGAGGCGGAGGCGGAGGAGAAGAGGAGGAGGAGGAGGAGGCCAAGGCGAGCAAGGAUGGCGCGCGGCUAAACCACAUCCGCGCCGGAUCCGCUCCAUUUUGAAGCCGUGGCCCCGAUGGCUUUCAGCGCCUCCUGGCAGCUCCUGUCUCCGGUCCAGUGGGCCAAGUGGACCUGGUCUGCGGUCCGAGGAGGAGGAGGAGGAGGGGAAGGAGGAGGAGGAUCAGGACCCGAGGGAGAGGAAGAAGAAGAAGAAGAGGAGGAGGAGGAGGAAGGAGGAGAGGAGGCACAAGGAGAGACCCGGUCGCUCAGCCUCAGUUCGGAUUCGGAAGGCAACUUUGAGACACCGGAAACCGAGACCCCGAUUGACGCCCUGGGGAAGGAACUGGUGGACCCAUUGGAGCCGGAGCCCGAAUGUCAAGAAUUACCUGAAGAUGCGGUGCAACCGGUAGCCAAGGAUUUGUGUCAGAAAGGCUCAGCUUCAACAGAGGAUGAAUUGCAGGCUGAUCUCACCAUCUCGCAAACAGAGUUGGCCAUUUCCAAAGCUGACCUUAGCUUCGGCAAGGGUUUACCCAUGACUCCAUCUGCAUUGGGGUCCGAGCUGUCCACAGAGCAGCUUACAGCCGUCCAGGAAGAAAACACUUUUUCGAUAGGGUCGGAUCAAAAUCAAGUUACAGCUAGAGCUGCGUUAGCAACAACAGAGGGGGGGAAAGAAGUCCCUACGGAAAGGUCUGAAGGAGUGAAGCCAAACAGUGAAACACUUAUUGUUAGUAAAAGCAAACUCCCAAGAGCCAAGCCAGUUGUCCUGCAAAAUAAAAUGGGGGGAGAGAACCCAGAGACUGAAUCGACCACAGAGAACAUCCCCAAAGCCUCCUACGCUUUCGACCCCGAGUCGUACAGUGAAAGCAUGAAUCCCUUUGUCAUCGGAGGCUCCAAGCUCCAAAACUCGUCUCCUCCAUCUCAACCGGGGUUUGCUCUUCCUGACAGUGACGCCAAGGCCGUGAAACUUGAGUUUGAUUUUGCAGAAGGAGCCGAAGAUGCGGAACCCAAGAAGGCCCCGGUGAGAAAACCAGUAAGGAAACCGGCCAGCAGACUCUCUCCAAAGAGGCAACGGAGUGGCGCCAACAAGCCGGUUGCAGUCAGUGAGGAUGGAGAGAAAACGCUUGCCAAGGAAGUAUCUGAUGUGCCCUUCUCUAGCGCCAUGCAACCAAGUGAUCCAGGACAGUGGAGUGAAACCCACUUGAAUUCGUUUGGCAGAAACUCUGAUUUGCAGGGCUCCCCGCCUCUUCCAAAAGGCUCCUACAACCUCGACGUUGCUGACCCCUUCAAGCCCACUAAGACUUUGGCCAGCGUGGGUCCCUCGGCAGAAAACAGUCUCAAUGAAAUCUUGGAGUCGCAGACACUGGGCACGCUGAGUGAUGAACUGAAGAAAGACUUGGCCUCGCCCCAAAAGGCCAAGUCCCGGUUGAUAACGACAACUGAACAAGUGAAAUUUCUCUGUUUUUUGUUGAGUGGCUGCAAGGUGAAGAAAUACGAAACGCAACCCCUCGUUCUGGACACUUGUUCUCAGGAUGAUGAAGAGGCCUCCUUCAUUUCCAAAAUCCCAGACCUUUCCAGUCGGGAUGGACAUGCCACGGACGAAGAGAAACUGGCUUCGACGUCCUCCACCCAAAAACCGGCUGAAUCAGAGGCCAAAGGUGAGCCCGAGGAAGACCUGGAGUACUUUGAAUGUGCCAAUGUUCCCGUGUCUACCAUAAAUCAUACGUUUUCAUCCCCAGGAGAAGGUUUCGAGAAGGACCCAUCCUGUUGUCUGGCAGAGAAAAACAAUAUAGUGGGCAAUGCUGAGUUGAGUGCUUUGGAAAAGACCUCUGGCACGAGAGGAGAUGCCGAAAGCCCCUUGGAUGCCAUUUGCCUCAGCGAAUCCGAUAAAACUGCCGUUUUGACUCUGAUCAGAGAAGAGAUCAUCUCUAAAGAAAUCGAAGCCAAUGAGUGGAAGCAGAAGUACGAAGGAAGCCGGCAAGAAGUGCUGGAAAUGAGGAAGAUUGUGGCUGAAUAUGAGAAGACCAUUGCCCAAAUGAUUGAGGAUGAGCAGCGGACAAACAUGGCAUCCCAGAAGAGUCUCCAGCAACUCACCAUGGAAAAGGAGCAGGCGCUUUCCGACCUGAAUUCGGUGGAGAGGUCCUUGUCCGACCUGUUUAGGAGAUAUGAGAACCUGAAAGGGGUCCUGGAAGGUUUCAAGAAGAAUGAAGAAGCCUUGAAGAAGUGUGCCCAGGAUUAUCUCAACCGGGUCAAGCAAGAGGAACAGCGGUACCAGGCUUUGAAAAUCCAUGCCGAAGAGAAAUUAGACAAAGCCAAUGAAGAAAUUGCUCAGGUGCGCAACAAGGCCAAAGCUGAGAGUGCAGCGCUCCAUGCCGGACUCCGGAAAGAACAGAUGAAGGUGGAAUCAUUAGAGAGAGCCCUCCAGCAAAAGAAUCAGGAAAUAGAAGAGCUGACGAAAAUCUGCGACGAGCUGAUUGCCAAGCUGGGAAAGGCUGACUGAUUUGUCUCCACCACCCGGAGCGCCAUUGCUUCCCGUUGUCUGUCCGCACUUCCAAGCAAGCGCCUUGCCUUAUUUUUUUCCACAAAGAAUCUCUCCUUCCUUCGCCCCAGCAGAGAGAAAAGCACAUGCCUCUUCCGUGUCCACAGACCCAGGUUCUGCCUUGUCCUUGGUCUCCGGUUUUGUCCUGGUGCCAAUUCAUCCCAUUUUUAUUUGCAUUUAUUUGGUAGUCCUGACUUUAUGGUCCCAAGAGGUAUUAAGAAGGGCUGUGUCUCAGCAUUGUUACUGUAUCUGCCGCAGAAAAAUGAGGAAACUUGCUCAACAACGGUAUUGAGUCUUUGCAUAGGUGCCUCCGACAACUGUUGGUUACGUGAAAAAUGAGCCAUUAUUCGCAAUAUUCGCAGUUUGGAGUCCGGAAGACGGUCACACAUUAAAGAGAUACGUGGAUUUUGGACUAAGGUGUAUCUAGGGCACAAGAAGAUGUGGCCAGCACAAAUAGUAGAUUGCACAUAAAAAUUCCCCACGAAAGUGUAUUGGAUCCUAGAAGAACUCGGCAGUAGAUAUGGGCCUUAACAUAUUGCAAAAAGUUACAGAUAUCUAUAUAGUAUAAAGGAGGUAAACAAGGGUUGUGUCUGUUAAAUCACAGUAAUAUUGUGCAUAUAUAUCCAACAAAUAUUAAUACACAGCAGUGUAGUAUUUCUAAAAUAGAUAUUACAGGAUUAAAUUCUCACAAAGUGUGUACAUAUAGCAAAUCAGUUUGAGUUUAAUUCACUCUACUGCUUAAAGCAUAUAGUGCAGAGAUAAGCUUUUACUCAUAUAUGUACAAGUAACAAAAUGGUUAGAGUUCAAUUCAUUCUUUUGCGUCUUUCUAUAACAAUAUUAUAGUUGCGCAGUAUGCUGCAAGUAGUUGUCUUCUUUUGCUUUCCUGCAUAUGAAGAGGAGGUUGGUAAGUAGAAAUGAGAGAAGUCUCUGAUAUUAUAAAUGUUUGUUGUGUCCUUAAAGGAUGCACGACAGAGUCCCGGGUUUGUUUUCUUUGUUUCGGGUCAAGCCCUUCUUCAGGUUUUUUUUUUUUAAGGACAAUUAGGUUUCAGAGACUCUAUAUUCUUGUUGAAUUCUCGUUCCUACAUAAAUAUCAACAGACAAAAAACAAUAGAUGUGCCAAAAGGCACCCAUACACACAGAAUGAUAAAUAAAUGAUAAUAUUAUUAUUUUACUUGUACAUAUGUGAGUAAAAGCUUAUCCCUGCACUAUAUGCUUUAAGCAGUAGAGUGAAUUAAACUCAAACUGUUUUGCUAUAUGUACACAUUUUGUAAGAAUUUAAUCCUGUAAUAUCUAUUUUAGAAAUACUACACUGCUGUGUAUUAAUAUUUUGUUGGCUAUAUAUGCACAAUAUUACUGUGAUUUAACAGACACAACCCUUGUUUACCUCCUUAACAUAUUGCACCAUUACAGUGCUAUGGCUCCACAUUGACUUCCAUGGAGGCAUCAUAUGGAAUUUGUAGUUUAGAACUGGCAGGGAAUUUUAAACUACAAAUCCCAGGAUGGAGACAUAGCAGUGGAAAUUGAAUCAUUGUAUCGUGGAAUAGGGCCCAUGGUUGGCAAUGUCGAAAGGAAAUGCCUGUCUCUUUCCUUGCAAACAUAUAUGGCUGUUUUGUGGCACCGUGAAGUCAGAUUUUGUGUCUUCUGUGGUUGAGAAUGUGAAGCGCCUUCUCCUAUUAUGACAGUGCCAUAAUAAAUUGCAUAGGCUUCAAGGCUCUUUCAGUGAUGGGUUAGCACGUUCACCCUCCUAGAGUUUGCUUCUCAGUUAAUGCACUUUAUUGCCACGGCACAAGGAGGGUGCACACUUCCCAAAAUGUAGGGCCUUCCAAGAUAAUAAUCUUUAGAUAUUAACGUGCACGAAAAAAUGUAUCUCCCUCCUGACACAGUUUAUGCUGCUGCUCUCACCUCUUUGGAAACUCGCUGGUGGAAUAAGGAAUAUAAACUUCUCCCGUCCUCAGCAACUUUCCGUCUUCCUUGACUUCCUGGAAAGUUUCAAACCUAAAGAAAUCCGUCCCACAAGUAGGUUCCGCGAAAGCGGUCAUCUGGUUCCUUUCCGUAUUAAAUACUGCAGUGGUUGUAUAAAGAUAAGAGAUGUAGGGCUGUUAUGCGCUUUAGUGAGGUGUCUUUUUCCCUUCUCACAUCAGUCCUAAAAGUCCUUUUCCUAAUGUGUGGAUCCACUGAUGAAUCACUGGCGCACUUUGAUUUCUCAAGCAUCAAGGGGUUGUGGAAUUCUUACAACAUCUCUAGGCCUUUUAUAUUUAGUUUUUGCAUUCUUUGACUGGGUCCAGGUCUGUUUUAUAUAUAUAUAUAUCCUGAGUCUGCAGAUUCACAAGUGAAACAGAGACUCUAAAGCCAUAGGUCUGUGCUCCUUUUGGUUGUGUUUGUAAUGGGAGGGUUAUGUGCUGCUAUUCUGCCUAUAGUAAACUUGAUACGCACUCCGCUUUACAAUCUGGAGUCUGGAGAGCCUCAACUACGUGUGGUUUGUUUCUUUUCCAAGCAAACUUUUCGCCUGCAUAGUUCAACAAGCUUACUUUUCCAGCCAGGUCUUCCAUCGUACCCACGCCAUGACUUCCAGGUGCAUGCCUUGAUGUGUCUCCUCAUCAGAUCAACAAUAUAAACACCUUUCCUUCCGAGGUGAAACAGCAAGCUCGGUUUCUAAGCAAAUAUAUUAAUAUGCCUGGGGUUAAAUGCCUCUGCCAAAUGCUUUGCUUCUCUUCCCUUGUUAUGCCACUCCUUGCCAGAAUUUGUAGGUGUUACUCCUUUGGAUUAUUUGUUCCCAAAAUUGAGAAAACCUGCUGACUAGGAGGUGCUGGGAGUUAGAAAAAUUAACAUUUGCAAGACCCAUUCCUUGCCAGUAAUUGGGAAAAAGUCCUCAAUGUGUUGAGGAUUUUCUGCCAAGUUUUGGGCACCUUUUCUGUAUCCCGUUCAUCCGGAACGGCAUGAAAAGUGCUGGCUAUUUUGAGUGCCGUCUUCAACUGAAUCCGUCUGGAAAUAGGUUGGCAAUGGAAGGGGACAGGGUAGAUCUUUCUCCUUCUCUGGCAGAUUCAUACCAUAAAAACCAGUUCUUUCAAUUAAAUGGGAAUAACCUUAAGAGUGGUCUAUAGGCACUCCCCAAUGUUUCUUUCAAAAGAUGCUUCGGAAGCCAUUGCAUUCAAAUAAAAGCCUCCCCAAAACGAAACCAUCACAUCCAGAAGUGCAUUUAGCCCUUUUUUGCUCUCUUUCAGUUGAAGUUUAUCCAAAACUUAAUUUUUUUAGUGGAAAUGACUUCCAGUUAUGACACACAUUUCAUUGGGCUACUGCAAGUUGCCUGUUUUAGUUCUAGAUAUUAGGAAAAUAUUUUGGAGGAUUAUAAUCCUUGUAACAGCAGAUUGUCUUGCAAUUUAUAGUCCAAACAUAACCGAUCCAAGUUCUACCAUGUAUAAAAGCCGAAAGCUGGCUUUCAGAAAUCGGGCUGGCAUUGCUGCAGAUUUUGGCAAUAGCUAUUGAAUCUGGACUGAUGGCAAAAUAUACUUCACUGUCAGAUUGGUCCAGGAUUCAUUGAAGCAAUGCUUUUUGGCACAUCACCGCAGCUGAGCCGCCCUUCAGGAACCACAACACCCUCCAGAUGUGUUGGACUAUAACUCCCAUUAUCCCUUUUACUGGCUUACGUUCCAAUGCACCCAAAAGUUGCCAAGCCUAGGUAUUUUGACUCUAUCCUCCUUUCUUGAGUUCUGUGAUCCAAAUACCGUCCAUAUUCCGGAUUUCCUUUGCUGUGUAUCUGGAGAUUGCAUUCCCAUACAGUUGUGCCAAAUUCUCUCUUUAUUUUUGUGUGCCUCUUGCGCCUGCUGCUGAAAUGUGGCAGAAGAUUCCUAAGGAAUGACAUUCUUAACUAUAAUUAUGGUUAUUAUAGUUCGUGCAGAUAUUGAGUAUACAAAUAUAUAAAUAUAUAUAAUGUCUAUAUAUAAUGGUUAUAGUUCUAUAUAGUGGGUGUGGUAUGUGUGCGUGUGUGGUUUCAGUCUGUAGAAUUCAUGGCCAAACGGCACACUUUCCAGGUCGGUCCGUCCUUAUUUUCUGUUGCUUUUGCCUAUCUAUAAUCUUUGCAAGGCACUUGGAAAAAGGACCAUUGGCUGCCCUAUUUACAGUGGGUUUAAAGCCCAGAUUUAACUUAAUAAACAUAAUGUCAGCCAAACAUACCUGGCUCAGUGGUUCUAUCAUGCAAUGACUGGAUCCAGACAAGAAACCCAGAUCCAUUUGGAUUACGGUAAACACCCCCGAAAACAUUUCACCUUGACAUGACUGUAUUUUUUAUUUUCCCGUGCCAUCCGACAAGUAACCUCCAACCUUUACGCAUUUGAUAUGUAUGACAAUUUCCCUUUUCUAUGUCAGGUCAAAAUUUGUAAGAGUUAUACUCCCACAAAUAAGAUUGCUAUAAUGAUUACUAAUAUAUUUUUUUCCAUGUCCCAUUGCCUGAAUAAAAAUAAUGUGUUUCCA